GAAUGUGAUAAAUGCUAGUCCGAGUCCCUAUUAGGCCUAGCUAGCUAUAUCAUACAAAUUAUAUUCAUAUACACAGCAACACAGCCCAACCCCAAAAAUUUUCCCAAUCUCCAAUUCCUCACAAAUUCUUGCAAAUGAAUUCACUACUUGUGCUACUUCUCUUCCUUUCUUCAUCCUUGAUCUUACAUUUGGAAGCCAGGCCUUCAAAAUCCAACGCCCACAUAAUUGUAAUGGGCUUUGUUUACUGUGACAUCUGCUCCAACAAUACCUUCUCCAAAAACAGUUACUUUUUACCAGGAGCUGAAGUAAGAAUAGAUUGCAUGUUCAAAGCAAUGUCUCCAAGAACAUCAGAGCAGAUAUCUUUUUCAGUGAACAGAACCACAAACAAGUAUGGAAUUUACAAGCUGGAAAUACCAUCGGUCGAUGGAAUAAAAUGCGCAGAAGAAUCAGCAAAAAUUGCUUCUUCAUGCCAGGCCAGCCUAAUGUGGAGCUCAUCUUCUUCAUGUAAUGUUCCUGGUUACAAAGACACGUCUGAUCAAAUAGCCGUCAAGUCAAAACGAGCUAAUCUUUGCAUCUAUAGCCUUAACGCCUUAAGUUUCAGACCCUCCAAGAAAGAGGCUUCCUUGUGUGGCAACUCAAAAUAAAAAUUCAUCAAUCAUGUGAUAUAUGUGCUUACUACUAUAUAAUAUUACAUAUAAUUACAGUUCUAAUCUCCUCCAAUACUUGUGGUUUUUUCCCAUUACUUCCCAAAAGACUUGGAUAUUCAUUCCUGUUUAGUGUGUGGUUGUUUUAAUUACUUUUAAUUA